AUGGCUACCAAGCCGGACGCAAAUGCCGGAGAUCCCAUCAGCACCAAGAACCAAUUGCUCAAUGCUGGCGCUUCGGUAGUGCAAGAUUUCGCACCAUUAAGCAAUAUCUGCGCUCACCUCAACGCCUUUCACGCAUAUGCCUCUGACCCCACACGCGUGGUAGAGGCAAACCAUUACUGCGGGCACUUGAACGAAGACGUCCGUCAAUGCAUACUCUACGAUAGCCCCGAGAAGAAUGCACGCAUCAUAGGCAUCGAGUACAUGAUCACCCCUAAGCUCUACGAAACCUUGGACUCGGAGGAGCGUAAGCUCUGGCACAGCCAUGUGUAUGAGGUCAAGUCAGGCAUGCUCAUCAUGCCACAGGGAAACCUGCCGGACCUGGCUUGGCAGACGGCAGAGAAUAAGGAGAUGGAGCAGGUCGUUCAGCUAUAUGGAAAAGUGUUCCACCUCUGGCAGGUCGACAAAGGCCACCAACUGCCCUUGGGCGAACCGCAACUCAUGACAAGCUUCACUCAGCCCGGCCAAUUGGACUUUGCCAAGUACGUUGGCGACAGAGAUCGAAGGUUCAACUCAGACUAUAAGCAAAAAGAGGAGGCUCGGAAGCAUAUUGCGAGCCCGUCGGUUCAUCCCGACGCUGACCAAGCCUGGAAGGAGAAGGACGGGAACAAGGGAGUCUCGUAA